UAUCUCUAGCUAAUUAAUUGCAGAACCAAAGCUGUGGUUAUUGAGCUAGUCAAUAAUAAAUAAGAAAUCUCACCCGCUAUAAUCGUUACUGGGUUAAGCCUGUUUUAAAGGAGGUUGGACAACUUCAAAUUUUCCAUCAGAAGAGCCAACCACUAAGAGAAGAAGGAGAAACCAACUUCUAAAAAUGGCUUCUUCUUCUUCCAAGAGAGACAUGUUUGAGGCAGACAGGCCACAUUUUUUCAAAAUAAUUCUUAAAGAAACCAUUCAUGAUAAGAAGCUUGGUAUUCCAAGGAGGUUUGUAAGAAAGUAUGGAAAAGAUCUGAAAAGUCCUGCGCUCCUUCAAGUGCCUAGCGGUAGAAUAUGGAAAGUGGAGCUCACCAAAUGUGAUGGUGAGGUUUGGUUACAUAAUGGUUGGCAAGAAUUUCUGGAGUAUUACUCCCUAGCAUAUGGAUCCUUCUUAGUUUUUGAAUAUAGUAAGAGAAAUUGCCAUUUCAAUGUAAUCAUAUUUGACAAGACUGCAUCCGAGAUAUAUUAUCCCAUCAGUUUCACUAAUGGAGAUGAUGAGGAGCCUAAUAAUCUCCAGGAAGAAAUCCAAGAGCCAAGGAUUAUUCAAGAAACUGAAAAUGAUGCAUCUGUUGAAAUCUUGGAUGACUUGCCAUGCCGAAAAAGAAAAGAGAAACCACCAUUGUCAUUCCCCCUUCCUCAAAAGAUGACGAAGGUUGAGAAUCCUACAGGAAACAGAGGUUUGCAUUGUCCUGAAAGGCAAGAUGAAGGAAAUAGAGUCUUUGGAGGCAUUUCUGCUCAUAAACAAACACCAGGUAGGAUUAUUGGGAGGAAAAGACGAUUGGGAGCUAAGGAAAAAACUGAAGCUCUUCGUAGAGCUAGCACUAACUUCAAAUCCGAGAAUCCCUUUUUCCUGAUUGCAAUGCAGCCAUCAUAUGUUCAUCCAGGGGAAAAAAUGACUAUACCAGCAAGCUUUUCCGUGAAGUAUUUCCCCAUGAAGCAUAGUGGUGAUGCCACGCUGAAUUUGGAUGGGAGAACUUGGCCUGUUAAAUUUUAUAUAUGUAAUAAAGCAAAAAAUGGAAAAACAUUGCCAAAAAUUACUCAGGGUUGGAGGGCCUUUGCAAUAGACAAUCACUUGGAAGUUGGUGAUGUUUGUGCCUUUGAACUGAUUAUGAUUACGGGAUCCAAAGCUACAUUUAAAGUUACCAUUUUUCGACGCAACAAAGGUAACAAGCAUGAACUCAAAGAUGAAGAAAGGCAUUCUCCUGGAGCUAUUGAAGCUGCCAAAAGUUUCACCUCAGUGCAUCCAUUUUUCAAAUCGGUUAUUUCACCUGGCCAUAUGGAGAAUCACAACAUGCAUGUACCACAGAAGUUUAUCAGCAACAUCAAGCAAAGCUCAGAGAAAGUAAAGUUGCAGGUUGAAAAUAGAUGUUGGCUUGUGAAGCUGAAUUUUUAUCCACAAAUUGGCAAAGGUAAUUUUACUUCUGGAUGGAGUGCUUUUGUAAGGGAAAAUUCAGUGAGAGUGGGAGAUGUUUGCAUCUUUGAGCUGAUUAACAGAAAGUCUUUGCUGGUAAAAGUCACCAUUUUCAGAAAUGUCAAGUAACUUCUUGUUCCCAUUGCUAUAUAUGUUGGAAAAGUUCAGGAUAGUGUUUUUGUAUUGUGAAAUUAGACUUAUUUUAGUCUUCUAUUGGAAGAUUUAGUGGCAGUAAGCUAGAAACUUAGAAGGCAGUUGUGAUAAUUAAGGGCAAUGACCCUCUUUCUAAACUCUUCUGUAGUCAAUUCAGCAUGUUUUUCUCAAGUUUUAAUGGCAGUGUGCCUUUGAAAUUCCUCUAAA